AUGGGAAGCUCUUGCACGAAGGACUCCGCAAAGGAGCCCCAGAAAAGUGCGGAUAAGAUCAAGAGUACCAAUGAGACCAACCAGGGAGGGAAUGCGAGUGGCUCCCGGAAGAGCGCCGGCGGUCGGACCAACGAAUAUGACCCGAAGGAUGAUGGCUUCACGCCGAACAACGAAGACCGUUGCCCGAAGGAGGAUGGCCAUACAGGGAAGAACGACGACGGUGGCCCGAAGGAGGAUGGCCAUGCGCCGAAGAACGAUGACCAUGCCCCGAAGGAGGAUGGCCAUGCGCCGAAGAACGAUGACCAUGCCCCGAAGGAGGAUGGCCAUGCGCCGAAGAACGAUGACCAUGCCCCGAAGGAGGAUGGCCAUGCGCCGAAGAACGAUGACCAUGCCCCGAAGGAGGAUGGCCAUGCGCCGAAGAACGACGGGGAUGUGCAGAAGAAGAGCGAAGAUGGAGACAACGUGGGAGAGGGAGGCAAGGGCAAUGAGGAUGGUAACGAUGAUCAGCCGAAGGAGCACGCUGCCGGCAACUAG